AUGGUGUUGUCUAGAGCGGGUAGGGAGUUCAUGAUAAAGGCUAUUGCCCAAUCUCUCCCUACCUACGCGAUGAGUGUUUUCAAGUUCCCAUCUUCUUUUUGUGAUGAAAUUCACUCUCUUAUUUCUCAAUUUUGGUGGGGCCAGAAAAACGAGGAAAGAAAGAUUCAUCAGGUGGCUUGGAGGAAGAUGUGUAGAGAUAAGCGAGAUGGAGGUUUAGGUUUCAAAGAUAUGAAGUUGUUCAAUUGGGCUUUGUCAGGAAAGCAUGCAUGGAGACUUGUGAUGCAUCCCGAGAGUCUUCUUGCCCAGUUACUAAAGGCUCGCUAUUUUCCUACUAGUUCUUUCAUGGAAACCGAGUUAGGUUCGUGCCCUAGUUAUACUUGGAGAGGCAUAUGGGAAGCUAUGUGGGUUUUGAGAAGAGGUAUGAGGUGGAGGGUUGGGGAUGGUGAGAGUAUAAAGGUUUGGAAAGAUGCUUGGAUUCCAAAUACACAAUUUCAUAAGAUCCUUUCUCCUAGGGGUGAGGCUAUCGAAGACUUGGAGGUUAGUGCUUUCAUCGAUCCAGUUUGA